AUGCUCUACGUGAUCUUGGUGGCGAAUCUGCAGACCAGCCGAUGCGCCACGCUGCCACAGUUAGAGGUUAAAGAGAAGGGAAGCCUUGAGGCCACGAUCGCGGUGACGCCACAGGGCCAGCUGCUGCGCUCAGAUGCACCACUCGCUGAACUCAUGGACCAGGACACGGCAAGUGGUGCAUCCACCAGGUCCGUCUUGGAGACGGAAGAGAGGGCCAGAGCCGCUAGGGCGCACAGCUACGAGUCGGCCCUGGAAAGGGAGAGUCGACCGAAAGCACUGGCCGUUGCCACGGUCCUUCUGCUCUUUCCCAUCACCUUGGCCAUCCUGCAGCUUCUGCUCGCAUUCAGAGUUGCUAGCAAGCUGGUCUGCAUGUGGCCGGUCGCUCCUGUGAAGGAGGAGUCUGCCCCACUGCCACGCGUCACGUUGGGCGGGACCACCCUGCAGCUCAAAGAGUCGAGAUCGAAAGAGCCAGUCUUGGAGAUGCUGGCAUUGUCGGUGAUGCUGCUGGCCUUGGCUGGCGGGAUUUACUUCUGCAUUGCCUGGAUGACUCUGGUGCCUGGGCCUUUUUUGCAACAGCUCAGCUGUAACACGACCGCCUCUGCGGACGUGUCUCCGAUGGUUGCCGAGACGCUUCGGAGCUUCUGCUGGGCUGGCCCUCGCUGGGAGGGGGUCACGCGCAGGGAGGCGGAGCUUUUGCUGAGCGGCCUCGAGCGGAGCCUGGCGAUGGAUCCCGGCGAAAGUGCAGUGCUGGAAUUCGGCGUUGGCGUGGGCGAAACCACCCUGUGGGUCAGUCGCUUUCUGGACAUUUAUGCCCAGGUCAGUGGGGAGCCCAGGAGGGCGCAUCAUGUCUACGACCCCUUCAAAGGUCCCGGCUUCCCGAAGCGUGAUCGCAUGAGAGACAAGCUUCUGAACAAUGUUUGGCGGAGCUGGCCUGGGAGGGUUGCACAAGGGAUUGUGAAGACACGGCGGUGGCUGUUUGAUUUCUUCUUGUGGAGCCAGGGUGCCAGGAUGCCAGAGGUCCAUGAAGGAUACAUGGUGCAAGUCUCCGAAAGAGCCUUGCCUUCGAAGGUCGCCUUUGCACUGGUGGAUGCAGAUAGCUACCCACAAACCAUCCUGCCACUCAAGUUGGUCUACAAGAGGCUUGGAGCCCAUGGCGAAGUGUACGUGCACGGUUACCGGCAGCAGUCCUGCCCUGGGGUCCAGGACGCAGUGAAGCAUUUCUUCAAAGGCAACAGGGGAGUCUACAGCUGGGGUCAUGGCUCCCAAGGUGUCUCUUGGGCAGUAGCUGGCCCACGGCUUGCCUACAACACCUCUCACGUACACAUGGCCAAGCUGGGCUGGAAGUGGAGCCCCGUGAUGGCCCGAACGGUGCGCGCGCCAGACCUGAAGGCAGUCCUCAAUGUUCAGUUCCAGUCGAAGAAGCGCCUCGAGGGCAGAGUGAGGUGGUUCGACAAGGACAAGGGCUUUGGCAAGAUCCUGCCCUUGGACUCGCGACCUGGCCAGGAUGCAGAGGAGAUCUUCGUACACAAGAACCAAAUCGAAGACGGCACUGAUGGCGACAACUAUGCCGCCCUGGCACCGGGAGCACUGGUGUCGUUUGAGAUGACCACGCAGGAUGAUGGGAAGCCGUGUGCCGGCAACGUGCGUGUCCAGGGCUUCGCCAAGAUCGUGCAGAAUGGCUUGACCAUCGCGGCAGGAGCUGCGCUCUCUGCCAGGGAAGCCAAGCUGCGCCAGCUCCUCCUUCAAGGUCUGAAAGCAGGCGUUUUCCAAGAGAAAGGCCACAAGAAGGCAUUGAUGGAGGAUGGCUUCCUCGAAGGAACCAGCCGCGAGGUCGGCAUGCUCGGCAGCACUGUCAAGUCUGCGGCAAUGGCUGUUUACGCCGUGAUGGACGGUCAUGCAGGAAUUUCCUGCAGCAACUUCGUCGCUCUGAAUCUGGAGCGAAACAUUCUCGACUCCCUGAGGGAUCAGCGCAAGCGAGACGCGAACGCUGAGCAGGUCUUGAAGUCGGCCUUGCUGGCAGGCUUCAAGGUGACCGAACAUACCUUCCACCAGUACGCCAACAAGCUGGAAGGCGGUGCCGGUCGAACCUGGGCAACUUCUGGCAGCACCUGCUGCGCAGCUUGCUUGGCUGGGCCCGACGAGGAGGGACGUCUCAGACUAUUGAUUGCAAAUGUGGGCGACAGCAGGGCCAUUCUCGGCAAGAAGGACGGUUUUGCGGUGAGGCUCUCGGUAGACCACCGCCCAGACAACACCGCGGAGAAGAGGAGAGUGGAACAACAAGGCGGUACCGUGGCCCCCUUCGGCGGCGCUCACCGUGUGAUCCUGAAAUCCCGCGGGCAGGUUGCAGCCGGCUUGUCUGUGACUCGAUCGUUUGGAGAUGUGGAUUUCAAGAUUCCGGUCGAGGUGAUCACUGCAGUGCCAGAGCUGUCAGCUUUUGCGAUUGACCCCGAAGAAGACGUCAUGCUCAUUCUUGUAACCGACGGAAUCACCGGAAGUGUGUCGGAUGCGGAGGCCGUGCGCCUGGCCUCCGGGCCGCUUCGCGAGGGUGGCGCUGAUGCUCCCGAGCGGGCAGCACGGGCAUUGGUGGAAGCGGCUCAUACUCGAGAACCCUCAGACGACAAGACUGCUAUGGUCAUUUGGUUUGGCGGAUCACCUGACGAGAAAGUGGGCGCCACCUCCGGCAGCACUGAUGCGGUGGAGGACCUCUUUGGUGGCGAGGAUGCCGGCAAGCCCGAAACGGAGCAGGCCACACAGGCAGUGCCGCAAGCUGCCACAGAGGAUGACAUGUUCGCGGAUGGUGCGGACCCGGUGGAGAUGGCACUCCUGGAUGACAUCUUCGGUGCGUACGCGAAGGACAUGGGCGUGGACAUGGCCUCUGAUGCCUCUGAAAGCGGUGCCAAGCGCAAGUCUGUCGAGGAGGCCAAGGAUCUGAAGCGAAAGGGCCUCAGCAACAAGGUGGCCAAGAAGGUCUUCUGA